AUGGAGGAUCAUGAUUCAGACCAAAAGCGCUGCAGAGCAAUAAAUUCAUCGUACCCUUUCGUUGAUCAGGCUGAAUGGCAACUAGCAGAAUUUCUCAUCCAGCGGUUGACGCAAACUGAUAUUAACAAGUUUCUGAAGCUAGAUUGGGUGAGCACCCUGCACAAGUUUAAAUCCAGACCCAGCCCAUCCUUCAAGAGCGCAGAUCAGCUAUUUGGCUGGAUCGAUGCAUUACCAAGUGGCCCAGCGUGGCAAUCAGAGUUUAAAAGUCCGGUUAAGUCCGGUCUUUUGCCUUAUUUGGAGGCAACCGGACCAGGACCGCUAAUCUGGCGUGACGGCCUCGAAGUUGUCAAGGAUAUCUUCGCAAACCCAAUAUUUUCCAACCAUAUGAUGUAUGAUCCUCACAUUGUUAUGGUCGGCUCUGAACGCGAAUACGGCGAAUUCUUUACUGCCAACAGGGCUUUCGCUAUUCAGGUAUGGCUCUUUAACAACCUUCCAGAAGGUGCAACCAUCAUACCAAUCAUCCUUGCAUCGGACAAAACACCCGUAACCAGGAUGUCAGGUGGAUUAGAAAUGCACCCAGUGUUCCUUACGAUCGGCAAUAUCCAAUCUGAAGUUCGGAUGAAGGCCACUGCUCAUGCAUGGAGUUGUGUUGCAUUCAUCCCAAUUCCAAAGUUUGACGUUCACGGGGAUUUUCAAACGCUCCUCCACACUCAUUUGUUCCACAAGUGCAUGGAUUUGAUAUUCGCCAAAUGCAAGGUGGCUACGAGGAUCAGCGAAUACAUGCCAGAUCCCAUGGGUUAUCUCUGGCACUGUUUCACUCCACUCCUCAUCUACGACUUAUGCCAACGUGUUGAUCCGUGGAAUGUACCGCUCUUCCAACGUGAAGCCAAAGCAUUGCUGCUCAGCGGUGAGGUUGUUGGGGAGGAUGAACUCGAUGCUCGCUACAAGGCGCAUCAUCAACGAGUCGGGACGCGUCAUUUUGGGUCCGGUAUCUCCCACAUCAGCCAGAUGACCUGCCAAGAACAUCGCAACAUCGAACGGACCAUCGUUGCCACGAUCGCUGGUGCAGCGAACACAACCCCCAAUUUCGUACAUGCUAUCUGUUUCCUCACCGAGUUCAUGUACCAGGCACAGAGCCCCAUCCAUACCGACUCGUCCAUUGAUGCUAUGGUGCACUCCCUCGGCGAGUUUCAUAGGCUGAAGCAAGCGAUACUCGACGCUGGUGCUCGGAGAGGCAAGAGUGGAACGAUCAACAACUUCUCCAUCCCGAAGAUCGAAUUGUUUCACAGUUUUGCGGGGUCUAUCAAAGAUCUCGGUAGUUUGCUACAGUUCUCAGCCGAUGUCAGCGAACGGCUCCUGAUCACGCACUGUAAAUUUCCUUUCGAACGGACUAGUCGCCAAGCCAGGAAUUUUACCCUACAGGUCAUCCAGAUACUCAAUCGCGAUGAAACCAUGCAUCGUUUCAAUCUGUAUACCCUCUUGCAUUCGCACGGCACACCGCUCGUGAAUGCGAUUGCAACCGAAGAUAGUAUUGUCGCAGAGACAGAUCCCACACUGGCCUGGAUAGUGCGUGUGCUCCCCGGCGAGCAGAAGCGCUUUCAUGGCCCGCGUCCCAUCCGAAACCAUUUUCUGAAGGGAAUUUUGUCCGUUGAAGCUAAUGCUGCUUUUCACAUCACCAUCUCCCCCGAUCACAAGUCCCUUUCUAUCACUGAUUUGCAAUCUCUCUACUCCCUCCCUGAUUUUGGCACGCUGCUAUCUACCUUCAAGUCGCGAGUCAUGAUGCCCAGCCAAAUUGUUCAAGCGUUUCCACCAUCGGACACCUUCCCUUUGGGUAAUUGUGACGCGGUGCUCGUGCAAUUGCCUGCUAACGAUGAUACCUACAUCACACAAGUCCAUUGCAUUUUUCAAGCCGUCACGAAGAAAGGUCAUACACUGCCCCGCUAUCUUGAAGACUCUCCCCUGCUAUACGUUCAGUACUUUCAGAUCACAGCAACACCUACUGAGGAUAUGAGCGCUGGCAUGUACCGCGUGAAACGCAUCUAUCAUUGGGAUGGCACAGGCCGGGUCUUCCGACCCGGCAGCAUCAUUCCACUCAUAGUGGUCACCUGUGCCAUCGAGCUUAUUUCUGUGUAUGGGUCGAAGAUGGAUCGUACGAUUAGUGCCGCAAACGCGAUGGAGAUCUGCGACGAAUACUACUUGAAUACGUUUUCUGACAAAGAGGUCUUCAAUACAAUGCACUCUGGUUUAAUGUAG